AUGACGACGAUACCAGAUUUGCUGCCAUUCAUUGACUUCUCCCCAGAACCUAUCAUUGGGGAACCGUUGCAUGGUGGUCAUGAAGAUGCUACCGUACUGUGCAACACCAUUAUACACAAUGGGACUCUUUGGGAGCCCAAUAGCCUUGAAGUGAGGCCUCUGAAGAAACAACGGAACAACAAGUCUAGAGCGCGAAAUGGCGUACCCCAGCUAGGAGAGGCUGGGAGAGCUCAGCUCAAGUCUGCGAUAUCUGCUGCUAUCCGCGGGGAGAAUGAGAAGAAGAUGAUAUGUCGCGAAAUUGGAGUAUUGAAGAGUGCAACCAUACGGCAGCUCAUACAGAUGGCGAAUACUAUUGGAUUGAGCCAUGUCGUGGAUGAUUUGGUGGCAGAUUUCGAGAGAGUAAAGGAACAGAAGAAGUUGUUCCGACCUCUGAAGGCUAUCAGAUGUCCACGCAAGCGACUAACAUCUAAGGUAUAG